CUACAGAGAGACACUCAGACUGAAACACAGACGACCAGAUUCACCUUCAGACCAAACUGACAGCUUCCUCUGAGUGAGUUCAGCUACAGGAGAGAAACGAGGAAAACUCCAACACCGCUGCUUCAGCCUGCGGACACUCCACACACUGGAUUUUCACUCAGAGACAAAAUGGCUUCCAGAUCAGAGGAGGAUUUCUGCUGUCUGGUCUGUCAUGAGGUCUUUAGAGAUCCUGUUGUUCUGUCGUGUAGCCACAGCUUCUGUAAAGACUGUCUGCAGAGCUGGUGGAGAGAGAAUCCAGCACACGAGUGUCCAGUUUGUAAGAGAAGGUCUUCAAAGUCAGAACCACCUUUAAACCGGGUGUUAAAGAACCUGUGUGAGGCCUUCUUAAAGGAGAGAGAUCAGAGAGCUUCAGAGGCUCUCUGCAGUCUGCACUCUGAGAAACUCAAACUCUUCUGUCUGGACCAUCAGCAGCCACUGUAUUUUUUCUGCAGAGAUUCAGAAAAACACAGCGACCACAGAUUCAGACCCAUCGAUGAAGCUGCAAGACAACACAAGGAGGAACUUCAGGAAACUCUGGAGCCCUUAAAGAAGAAGUUAAAGGUUUCUGAACAAGUUAAAGUGAAGUUUGGUCAAACAGCAGAACACCUGAAGGUCCAGGCCCGACACACAGAGAGGCAGAUUAAGGAGCAGUUUAAGAAGCUUCACCAGUUUCUAGAGGAGGAAGAGGAGGCCAGGAUGGCUGCACUGAGGGAGGAAGAGGAGCAGAAGAGUCAGAUGCUGAAGGAGAAGAUGGAGGCUCUGAGCAGAGAGAUAGCAGCUCUUUCAGACACAGUCAGAGCCACAGAGGAGCAGCUGAGAGCUGAAGACGUCUCAUUCCUGCUCAACUACAAGGCUGCAGUGGAAAGAGUCCGGCAGCGCCCCCUGCUGGAGGAUCCACAGCUGCCCUCAGGAGCUCUGAUAGACCAGGCCAAACACCUGGGCAACCUGACCUUCAACAUCUGGAACAAGAUGAAGGACAUGGUCUCCUACACUCCUGUGAUCCUGGACCCAAACACUGCUGAUCCAAGACUCAUCCUGUCUGAAGAUCUGACCAGUGUGAGACGAGGAGACGAGCAGCAGCUUCCUGACAAUCCAGAGAGGUUUGAUUACUUUCCCAUUGUCCUGGGCUCGGAGGGCUUCAACUCAGGGACUCACAGCUGGGAGGUCGAGGUUGGACACAGUACAGGCUGGUUUCUGGGUGUGUUAGCAGAGUCUCUCCAGAGGAAGGGACGCAUACGGUCUGGAUUAUGGGGAAUAUUGUUAUAUAAAGGUGAAUACUCAGCACGGUCACUACCAGCUCCGCCCACUGCUCUCCGAGUGCAGAAGAAGCUCCAGAGGAUCAGAGCGAAUCUGGACUGGAACAGAGGAACGCUGUCGUUCACAGAUCCUGAUACUAACACACACAUACACACCUUCACACACACUUUCACUGAGUGGAUGUUUCCAUUCAUUUACACUGUGGAUAAACUGAAGAUAUUACCACUGAGGGUCUUUAUGACAGUGGAGCAGAGCAGUUAGAGAUAAAGAGGAUGAUUAUAUUCAUGAUGUUGGUAACACUUUAUAUUAAGGUACACAUAUUCACCAUCCACCAGCUGCGUAUGAGCAUGCAUAUUAGUAGCAUGCUGGCUCUUUAUCAGUCAUUAUAAAGCACUUACUAAUGCUUUAUUCUGCAUGACCAUAUUCUACAACUACUAGGCCAUUAACUAAGAUUUUUCCCUCAAUAACCUCCUAAUUAUUGCUUAUUGUUAGUAAGGAAGGAAGUUGUUGAAUUACAUGAAUUACGAUCUUAAUAUGCUUUGCUCAGUAUGGGCCUUAUAAGGUGGUAGUACCACAAGAAUACUUCCCUUAAUAAUACUUAUAAUAAAUAUGGUCUAUUCUUAUGUAACAAAACACAAAACUACAAGUGUCAAUAGUGUCCAAAUAAGUCUAAAUCAAGUCUUUCUAACUCGGACUAUGUCCCCCAUUCUAAAGCGAGGUCUUGCUCAUAACCAAUUCACUAGUAGGUCGACACACAGGUUCCCUAUUCUAUAGUCGCCUCCUCUUCACGCUUAGUAAAUCCAUUGUUCUCUAUUUGCACAACGUAGUGUGAUGUAUAUCCGUUUUACAAACUGCACGUGACGUCUGUUUACUUCCUGUCAACUCUAAAGUUACCUUCGCCUCCAACCUUAGUGAUCACCUUACAGUGCUUGUUCAUCCUUAAGUUAGUUACUUAACUUACAUUUAGCUUUGUACAUAUUGUUAUAGUAUGUACCGUUUGUUUUUUUUGCAUGCGUUUUUUAAAAAUCAUUUUGGUAAUCACCUCAGUGUCUUGGAUAACCGUGAGCAACGUUAGCUAGCCACUCAGUGUAGCACCAGUGUAGCAUGGUUUUCACAGCUUAGCUAACGUUAGGUCGCUGUGGCUCUUUUUUCCACUGGUGCUUGGAAGAGCUGCCAAAAAUGAAAGUGACUGACUUGCAACGUCUUGCGAAAGUCAGCAGCUCUUCCAAGCACCAAGUGUAAAAAAAAAAAAGAGCCAUAGCGACCUAACGUUAGCUAAGCUAUCAAAAUCAGGCUAACGUUGGUGCUACACUGAGUUGACAGGAAGUAAACAGACAUGCAAUUCGUAAAACGGAUAUACGUCACACAACAUUGUGCAAGUAACAUGGGCAUUAGCCAAAGUAAAACCCUCCCUAACAUUCCAUGAUUGUGAAAAAGUAAUCCAUGCUUUCAUUAGCGCUCGUCUCGAUUACUGCAACUCCUUAGAAAUGGGAGCCAGUCAGUCCUCACUCUGUGCAGAACGCUGCUGUGAGAUUUCUAUCUUGCUCUCUGUCUGGGUAUAAGCAUGAUUUUUCUAUUUAUUUUUGUUGAUUGUUGCUCUGCUUUUUUUUUAUGCAUAUGUAUUGUAAAGCACUUUGGUCAGCUCAUGUUGUGUAAAAAUGUGCUAUAGAAAUAAAUUUGACUUGACUUGCAUUAUUCUGCUUUUCAGGUUAAUGCUUGAAGGCCUUCUGCUUCUGUGAAAGUUACAACAAUGACAAUAUACAGUACAAUAGUGCUAAAAAGUGGCAGCAGCCUACAGUUUAGCCUACAGUACCAUGCCAUCUUGUUAAUGACUGCUCCUUUUUUGUUGUGUUGCUGACAUCUGUUGGAAACAGGAAGGGUUAAUCUUAGACCAUAUCGAAUCCUUUA